AUGGACUCUACUUUCAUGGAUGUUUACGGUAUCAUGGAGUAUCUCCUUGGGUUUGGCGACGACGAAGGUCAUGAUUUGACGGCAGAGAGGAUUGCGUUGGAUGGUAAACGCUGGGCCGAGAAAGUCCUGCGAAAAGAAGACAUGCAGAUCUACGUGUAUCGUCUGCUGUUGGAGUAUGCACGUGUCUGUGAUGAUCGGCGCGAGUUCCUCGGAUUCGUAGCCGAUCUCUGA